AUGGAAAACCACAGGUCUCUCGUCGACACAGCUGAAUCCAUGCUUCAAGCAGUAGCCUUGGCAAGACAAGCCUUGGUGCACAAGGAGAAUUUCAAGAAAUUCUCAGCUUCACUCGAGAAAACGGCCAUCUUCCUGCAAGAGCUCUCCAAAUUCAAAGUGAAGAACUCCGAGAGCGUGAACCGGGCUCUCGAGGGCCUUCAAUCGGAAGUCGAAGCAGCUAAGCAACUGGCUGCAGAGUGCAGCAAUGGCAACAAGAUUUACCUCCUCUUGAGCGGCAAGAAGAUUGUGGAGAAGAUGGAGAGCACGAGCAAGAGCAUGAGUAGGGCUAUGGCGCUCUUCCCGUUGGCAUCCUUGGAUGUCUCGCCCCAGACGAAUCAAUGGCUUCUGAAUCUGUGCAAGAAUAUGGAAGAAGCUCAGUAUCACCUCUCUCCCAUGGAGGAGGAGAUACUGCACAAGAUUGAAACCGGUGUACAAGACAGGACUACUGACCGAUCUUUUGCAAGCAAUCUGCUCCUUCUCAUUGCUGAAUCUUUGGGGAUUCCAUCUCAAGAGAAUGAUCUGAAGGAGGAGUUUGAGAAUUUCAAGAAUGAUAUACAGUCAAGAAACGAGGCGCUUCGAAUGGAGCAGAUCAUUCUACUGCUCGAAAAUGCAGAUGUGGUUACUACUCCAAAGGAGAAGGAGAUGAAGUACUUCACCAAACGUAACUCACUGGGGAGACAGCUGCUGGAGCCUCUCCAAUCAUUUUACUGUCCCAUCACUGCGGAUAUCAUGAGGGAUCCAGUAGAGACAUCAUCGGGUUAUACGUUUGAGAGAGAGGCCAUCGAGAAGUGGUUAGCUUUGGGGAAUGGCUUGUGUCCCUUGACUAAGACCCCCUUGACCAAACUGUCUGUACGCCCCAAUAGAACUCUCCGACAGUCCAUUGAGGAGUGGAAGAACAGGAACAUCAUGAUCACUAUUGCUUCCAUGAAACCUGAGAUACAGUCGAGGGAUGAAGAACAAGUGCUUCCUUCUUUGAAGAAACUUAGUGAAUUAUGUGAGAAAAGUGAGCUGCAUCGGGAAUGGGUGGUUAUGGAGGAUUACAUACCGAUAGUUACAGCUCUUCUUCAUGCUAAAAACAGUGAGAUCAGAUUGCAUGCUUUAGCCAUUCUGUGUUCCCUUGCAAAGGAUAGUGAUGAUAACAAGGAGGCCAUUGCUAAUGUUAAAGACAGCAUCACGUACGUUGUUUACUCGCUUGCACGUAAAGUUGAAGAAAGCAUGUUGGCACUGCAGUUGAUCUUGGAACUUUCGAGAAUUGUGAAUGUAAGGAAUCUCAUUGGAGACGCGCAGGGCGGCAUACUUCUUCUCGUCACUUUAGCAAACAGUGAUGAUGCUCAAGCUUCAAAAUACGCCCAAGAGCUUCUCGACACUCUUGCUUUUCUUGAUCAGAACGUCGUGCGGAUGGCAAGGGCGAAAUUCUUUGGGCCUCUGUUGCAGCGUCUUUUUGAAGGAUCUGUGGCCAUACAAGUAAUCAUGGCAGAUACAUUAGCCGAUCUUGAGCUGACUGAUCACGACAAGCAGUGUCUUUCUAGAGGUGGAGCACUAAAGGCUCUUCUUCAGAUGCUUGAGCUUGACGAUAUAGAGGUUAAAUCAGCAGCCGUUAGAGCUCUAGAGAACCUAUCAGGUGUGGCACCGAAUGGCCUGCAACUGAUCAAGCAAGGAGCCAAAACCCCGCUGUUUGAACUGCUCUUUUGCCACGCGGCAUCCAAACUGCGCCUACAUGUGGCAAAGACAAUCAUGCAUUUGGCAAUGUCCACAGCAUCCAUGGAAGCUUCUGAGGAUCAGAUUCGACUUAUGGAAACUGAAGAAGAUAUUUUCAAGCUAUUCUCUCUCGUUUCAUAUACCGGGCCUGAAAUGCAGGAAACACUUCUCCUCACCUUCCAUGCCCUGUGCAGAUCGCCUUCUGGUUUGGACGUCAGGAGGGAGUUGAGACAGAUCUCUGCUGUAAAAAUACUGGUCCAUUUAUGCGAGCUUGACGACCUUGCUGUGAGGGCAAAUGCUGUGAAACUGCUCUGUUAUCUGACAGAAGAUGGCGAUCAUCAGACUUUCGAGGAACAUGUGAACAGGAGGUGCAUCACAACACUGAUCAGAAUCAUCAAGACUUCUGAUAGUGAAGAUGAGAAAGCUGCUGCCAUGGGCAUAAUCUCUCGCCUCCCGCACAAUUCUCAGAUGUCUCAGGACCUUUCACAGUGUGGUGCACUUGAAGUCAUCUUCGACUGUCUCAAAAACGAAAAAGAGGUGGUCGAAAAUGCUGCUGAAGCCCUUUGCCGUUUUACAGCCACCUCAAAUCUUGAACAGCAGAAGAGAGUGGCUGAAGCAGGCAUCAUUCCUGUUCUAGUGAAACUGCUAGCCUCUGGAGCCCCUCCUACGAAAAGAAACGCAGCCAUUUCACUAAAGCAGCUAUCAGAAAGUUCUAGCAAACUGACCAUACCAGUGAAAACCAAUAGUCUCCUCAGCUGCUGCUUUGCACCUUCUGAAGGUAUCUGUGCUGUCCACUUGGGCAUUUGCAGCACCGAGACAUCAUUCUGCCUUCUGGAGGCAGGUGCUGUGAGGCCACUCGUGAUGCUACUCGGGGAACAAGAUGCCUCGGCUUGUGAAGCUUCGUUGGAUGCAAUCUUGACUUUGAUUGAAGGUGUGCAACUGCAAAAUGGCUGCAAGGUGCUCGAGGAAGCUGGCGCAAUAGUUCCAAUCAUCAAGCUGCUAACUUCAUCUUGCAGCAGUCUGCAGGAGAAAACAUUAGGAGCGUUACAACGGAUAUUUAGACUCGUGGAUUUCAAGACGAAAUACGGUAAAUCAGCGCAAAUGUCCCUAGUGGAUAUCACUCAGAGAGGAAGCAGUACUACAAAAUCUUUGGCUGCCAAAAUACUUGCUCAGCUCAACGUAUUGAAUGAGCAAUCUUCUUUUUUCGAUGGCACAUGAAACGCAGAGCAGAAGAGGAUCAUUCUUUCAAGUAAACAGUGAGUUAAGACCGGCUAUUGACAAAACAGCCAACAAGCCAUGUGUUUGUAAAUAAAUUGUUGUGUUCUGAUCAUGAUUUGCCACGAUGAAGCACCUUUCUUUUUGGCUUGUAUCAUGUUAUCUACUAGUACAAAUUAGAUUAAAAUCUUCAUUUACUUCUUCA